CUGACAACUCUGGGGGCAGCAGAGAAGAGUUGAGCUUAGAGGGUCCUAACUGAAUACAGUAUCUUAGUCACAAUGACUUCGCUUGUUCUGUGUCUCCUCCUCUUCUCUAUGGGAGGACAGGUAACUUCUCAGUGGCAGGGUGAUGAGUUACAUGUAGAAGGGGGUGUGGCUGUUGGACAUGAGACCACUGACCACUGUGCCCUGUGCUGUGACAGCCAAGCAACACACACUGCUACUUGUGCACAAGAAAGUCAAGUGUUUAGUUUGCUGAAUGGUGUUGAGCAACUGCAGAGCCUUAUUUCCAGUCAACAAGCUGCACAUGAAAGCCAAGUUUCCAGUCUACAGGCUCAACUUCAUAACCAGAUGCAAAUGAUACAGACCUUACAAGGAAGACCGAGAGACUGUUCAGACCUGCUGAAGGAAGUGUUUGACAACAGUGGGAUCUACACCAUCUACCCCUUUUUCAAUGAUGUACAGGACAGUGGAAAAAGCAUUGGGGUGUUUUGUGACAUGUGCACUGAUGGCGGUGGAUGGACAGUUUUCCAGCGUCGCCAGGAUGGUUCUGAAGACUUCUACCGAGGCUGGGCUGAUUACAAGGCUGGGUUUGGUAAACUGGACGGAGAGUUUUGGCUAGGUAAUGACAAGCUGCACCAGCUGACCAGCCAAGCCCAGUAUGAGCUGCGGGUUGACCUGGAGGACUUUGAGGGGAACAGUGCGUAUGCACAGUACCAGGUCUUUACUGUGGGGAUUGAAGCUGCACGCUACAUACUGACUAUUGGGGGCUACAACGGGACAGCAGGAGACUCCAUGGCCUAUCAUCAUAAUGGGAGUCCAUUCAGCACCAAGGACAGGGAUUACGAUGAAAAUCCUACUAACUGUGCUCAACGCUUCAAGGGAGGCUGGUGGUAUGGUAGCUGCCACAGUGCAAACCUAAAUGGCCUGUACCAUGCAGGAAGUUAUACUUCCUAUGGAGAUGGAGUCAACUGGAGUACCUGGAAGGGCUCCCGAUACUCCCUAAAGCACACUGAGAUGAAGAUACGCCCCAUAACCAACUAAAGCAGGGAUGUAAUGCUGUUGGUCC